AUGCUUUUUCUAUAUAUACGCCCUGCGAGAAUCAUAAGAACUCCUCCUGCUCUAUGGACAAGAUGGCGCUUUUCUUCGCAUCAGCACUUGCGCUGCUUCUGCUGGCGUUUGGACCUGGCGCCAGCGAGGGCCAGGAGAACUUUUUGGAUUUUAGUUACAGCAGUGGUUCUGAAGAGCUACUGGCCCGCCCGCGCCACCUAUCCUGCGUGCGAUGGCUGCGUGAACUGCGUGUUCUGCCCGAAGUGCCACCUCCACAUACCCCCUGGCUACAAGCUGCACAAGGGCCUGGGCUACUACAAGCUCCACCACGAGAGCAAGUACUGGAUGGACGCAAAAGAUGCCUGCGCGCAGGAAGGCGGCUACCUAGCUGUGGUCGACUCUAAG